AUGGAGGAAAGAGAGAACUUCGGUGCUGUGAAUGCAGUGGCGAGUAAUCAAGUUCCAGUGAGCUUCGUUGCAGCUCCCAGGAUUGAAAACAAUUUGGAUUUUUCCAUGGCAACGGUGCCGGUGUCGAUGCCGGUGACGGCGGUGAAGAAGAAGAGGGGGAGGCCAAGGAAGUAUGGGCCAGAUGGGAAGCCUGCUCCUGGGGCUGUGACCGCGCUUUCGCCGAUGCCGAUUUCUUCGUCGAUUCCGUUGACUGGAGAGUUCUCUGGUUGGAAAAGGGGUGGAGGGAAGCCUGUUGAAUCUAUCAAGAAAUCAUCUUUUAAGUUUGAUUUUGAAAGUCCACCAGGACAAGGAGUCAGUGUAAGUGUAGGUGCAGGUGCAGGUGCAAGUGCAGGUGAGGGAAUUGCAAACGCAGUAGGUGCCAAUUUCAUGGCUUAUAUGCUUACAGUAAAUUCUGGCGAGGAUGUCACCAUGAAAAUUAUGUCCUCCCAACAAGUAUCGCGUGCUAUAUGCAUUCUCUCUGCAACUGGCACAAUUUCAAAUGUUACACUUCGUCAAUCGACUUCUUCAGGGGGUACUUUAACAUAUGAGGGGCCGUUUGAGAUUCUUUCCUUGUCUGGUUCCUUUAUGCCAACUGAGAAUGGAAUUACAAGAAGCAGAUCUGGUGGGAUGAGCGUCUCUUUGGCAGGUCCGGACGGUCGAGUAUUAGGUGGCGGGCUCGCUGGUUUACUUAUAGCUUCUGGUCCUGUGCAGGUUGUUGUGGGAAGUUUUCUUCCUAACCACCAUUUAGAGGACAAAAGCAAGAAGCAGAGGGUGGGGCAUAACAUAUCAACCAUUACACAUAAUCACCCUCCUCCACAUGCUAAUCACCAUAAUCAUAUGGCUAAUGAAGUAAGUUUCGGUGGUGUGAAACCUAUUAUGACACCUGCUGCAUUUCAAGAAGAGAAAAUUGUUUCUUUCAACAACAAGAACAAUGCUCAAGACUCUAGGAACAAUUCAUCUGCGGAUGACAGAGAUCCUUUACCUGAAAAGGAUUCUAAUCAUAGCCAAUCAAAUGCUUGA